AGUUUUGAGAGCUUUUUAAAGGAAUCUUUAUCUUGCUUCCUUAGGAAUUUAGUCAAAAGAAAGCAACUUCUUUUGAGAAGGAAUUUUGAAGCAAAAGCAAAAUACAUACAAAAGAAAACGAAGUUUUGGAUUAAAGAGAAGAAUAUAGAAAAUGAGAAACAUGGGAAGCAUGGGAAGCAGUGCAAGGCUAUCAAUGGAAGAAAAUGAAGAAAAUGAAGAAAAGAGUUCAAAAUUUAACAUAGCCACAUUUCAAGCUAGAGAAGAGGAGGUUGAGCGGAAGAAGAUGGAAGUGAAGGAAAAAGUUGAAGUUCAGUUAGGUCGAGCCGAAGAAGAAGCUAAGCGCUUGACUCAGAUUUGGGAAGAGCUUGAAGUAAUGGCUGAUCCUAUGAGAAAAGAAGUUGGAUAUAUACGUAAGAAGAUUGACAUGAUUAAUAGAGACCUGAAGCCACUGGGUCUGAGCUGCCAAAAGAAGGAGAAAGAAUUCAAAGAAGCAUUGGAAUCUUUUAAUGAAAAGAACAAAGAGAAAGCUCAACUAGUUGCCACAUUAAUGGAGCUGCUGACUGAGAGUGAAAGAUUGAGGAUAAAAAAACUGGAAGAACUGAGCAAGAAUGUGGAAUCCAUACCCUGAGAUGCCUCUUCAAUCAGGCCACUUGUUUUUAUAUCCAUUUAUCGUAAUUUUUGUUUAAUAUUGUGUGUUUUGCCAUUUUUUAUUUUUUAAUUCAAUAGAGGUCCAUGAACUGAUUAUUAA